UUGGCCUAUACUUGGUGUUUGUGUCCCCUCAUUCUUGCCACAGGCUAUGAGCCGGCCUGUGACAAAUGGGGGCUCGUCCUUAAGUUAAAGUUAAUUAUACUUUAGUCGUUAGUAUUUGAGUACUCUAAUAGUUUGCCUUAUUUGGUUAAGGUUUUGUCUAGAUUGUUUUGGCUUUGUCAUUGAUUAUAUUUGUUUACUUGAAGUUUGGUUCAUGUUGAUUAUUGUUCUGUAGUUAACUUGGGUUAAUCAUGUUAGGUUAGAUUGCCAAACUUUUUGUUUGAGGGGAAGCUUUAGUUUGGCCAAUAUUGUUGGAGAGAGCAUUGAGAGCCAGGUCUUCCUUUUGUUUGGUUAGCUUUAUAGUUUGAGUUCACAAUUCACUCUGCUUUUUCUGGGGUUUUGUUCAGAUGGGAGUCCUCUCCUUUUGAGGCUUAUCAGCGAGUAUCAAUAGGAGGCUCGUGGUGUUUUUGUUUUAGGUGGCAGUGAACGUGGGUAGAGCUUCCCUUGUUUCCUUUUCCCCUACAUCGGCUCGGGAGCACCUCCGUGGAUGUGGGGGGGCAGCCAGCUUCUGGUUGUCUUUCCACUCUGCUGGUUUUGUGUGCAUAAAAACCCACCACAUGUGACUGCACGAAGACUAGGGGCCAGUUAGUUAGUUUUUUUUGGAGAAUAGUGGGGUGUGGCUCCUGUCCUUAAACCCAGACUGGCAGUAGGUGAAUUGUGUACAUUUUUUUUUUCCCUCAGAGUUGGUAAUGGUUGUAUUGGUUGAGGAAAAUGUCUUCUAUUCUAAGUGGUUUUGUUCAAACUCCUUCAGAGGUAGCUUUGGAAUUGUGUACUAAGGAGCAGUUAAUUGAAAUUGCUGACCAUUAUAAGAUUGAGAUUGAUGAUGGAAAACUUAAAGAGUCUGUCAAAGCUAGAUUAAAGCAGGGUCUUAGAGAAAUAGGUGGUGUUUGGGGUCACUCUGUUAGUGAGGGUGCAAGUUUUCAGUCUAGCCCUUCAUUAACUUUUGAGCAGCAGCGGGAGCUGUUGCAAAUGCAGUUAGAGAUAGCACGAUUGCGGAAUGUCAAUAGACCAGAAGGAGUACAACAGUUGGACGUUUCACAGAAUCUUCGUUUGUUGCCUAAAUUUGAUGAGUCAGAUCCAGACACAUACUUUACGCUAUUUGAUCGUAUUGCAGAAGCUAGAGCUUGGUCAGAUCUGGACAUGACUAUGUUGUUGCAAUGUGCACUUACAGGUAAGGCACGUGAGGCUUUUUCAGCACUGAGUGUAGCUGACAGUAAAGUUUAUGCUAAAGUUAAAUCGGCAGUUCUGAAGGUCUACGAGCUCGUACCAGAGGCAUAUCGUCAACGUUUUCGUUACAGGAAGAAACAAGAUUCGCAGACUUAUUCUGAAUUUGUUCGCGAUUUGACUUCUGCAUUUAAUCGUUGGUGUACAGCUUCUGAAGCUAGUACUUUUGAGGAUCUGUCUAACUUGAUCGUGUUAGAACAGUUCAAAAACUCUGUAUCUGACCAGGUUGCUACAUACAUUAAUGAGCGAAAAGUUAAGUCGCCAAGUGAUGCAGCAGUCCUUGCAGAUGAGCACAGGUUAACACAUAAAAGCCAUUUUGAGUCAAAUAGUGAUAUGCACUUUAAAAACUUUACUCCUAGGAAUAGUAAGUCAUCUUUUUCUGGAGCUUCGUUCCAAAGGCCACAGAAGUUUGGUUUUGGGGGACCUAAAGCACCAUUAAAAGAUAAUACCUGUCGCUACUGUUUAGUUGAAGGACAUUGGAAGAAAGAUUGUCCGUUACUUAGAUCAAAGAAGUUAGCUCAAGCUAAACCGGCUGUGAUGGCCGUUUCUGGUACAGCCUCUGACCAUCAGGGUGAGUUUUUUCAGCCAAAAGUUGAGUUUGGUUCUCAAUCUCACCAAGGUGACUUUUCAGCUUUUGUUUCGGAUGGUGUGGUGUCGCUGGUAGAUGGCAACCACAAUGUUCCAAUUAGGAUCUUGAGAGACACUGGAGCUUUGGAUUCUUUUAUUUUGGAGUCCAUUUUGCCUUUCUCUAAGGUGUCUGAUACUGGCAGUUGUGUAAUGGUACGUGGCAUGGGUUUAGUUCCAUUCUCUUCCCCUUUACAUGUAGUAACUCUAAAAUGUGGUCUGGUAGCGGGUGAUGUAGCGGUUGGGGUUAGACCCCAGUUGCCAGUAGAGGGAAUACACAUGAUUCUGGGGAAUGACUUGGCAGGUAGUAAGGUGUGGGCGGAUGGCAAAAUAAACAUCUUUAAGAAGCAACCUUCAGUGCCCCCUGCAAAGGUAUCUCCAGAAUACAGUUGUGUGUCUCCUGAGGUAUUUCCAGGGUGUGCUGUUACCCGCUCUGCCGCACUCAAGAAGAUUGAGAGUAAGCCAGAAAGUCUCGAGUUGCCAGUUAAACUUCAAACUGAACAGUUGACUAGUUCUAGAGAGUCAUUGAUAGCUGAGCAAAAGGCCGAUACUACCUUAACUGAUCUGUUUGAUAGAGUUGUUCCUGAGGCAGCGGUGAGGAAUAAUGCUCAGUGCUAUUUUCUUCUUGAGGGACUGUUGGUCAGGAAAUGGGUUCCACACUCUGUUCAGGGUCUAGGCGAACCAGUUUUUCAGAUAGUUGUACCUACUGUUUUGCGAAACAAAGUGUUGCAAACUUCACAUGGUGAGGUGGCAGGUCACAUGGGUGUUCGUAAAACUUAUGAUCGCAUACUCAGGCAUUUUUUCUGGCCUCGUUUAAAGCGAGCUGUAGCUCAGUUUAUUAAAACUUGUCCUACGUGUCAGCGCACAAGCAAGCCAAACCAGGUUGUGAAGCCAGCUCCUUUGUAUCCAAUACCAGCCAUAGGACAACCUUUUGAGCAUCUUAUUAUCGAUUGUGUUGGGCCUUUACCACGGUCUAAGUCAGGUCAUAACUACUUAUUAACUGUUAUGUGUCACGCAACGAGAUAUCCGGCAGCUUUUCCCUUGCGUACCAUAACUUCAAAAGCAGUAGUUAAAGCAUUAACUCAAUUCAUUUCUACAUUUGGAAUUCCAAAAAUCAUCCAGUCAGAUCGGGGUUCUAACUUUACCUCCCAUUUAUUUGCUCAGGUUCUCAAACAGCUAAAAGUUAAACACAACAAGUCUACUGCGUUCCAUGCCCAGAGCCAGGGAGCUUUGGAACGAUUUCACCAAACUUUAAAAUCUUUGCUUCGUUCGUACUGUACAGAACUGUCUGCAGAUUGGGAGGAGGGGUUACCUUGGUUACUACUAUCUGCUCGUGAGGUAGUACAGGAGAGCACAGGGUUCAGCCCAAAUGAUUUGGUGUUUGGUCAUAAGGUACGGGGGCCUUUAGCAGUGCUGCAGGAUGGUUGUUUGCCUGAAGAACCACCUCGGAACCUCAUUGACUAUGUAAAUGGAUUUAGGCUGAAGUUGUAUAGAGCUGGAGAACUGGUGAAAGAAAAGCUAAAAUGUUCUCAAAAGAAAAUGAAAUUGAGAUAUGACCGACAGGCGGAGUUGCGUGAGUUUACUCCCGGUGAUCGUGUACUUGCUCUUUUGCCUCUUGUAAGUUCACCUUUUCAGGCAAAAUACUGUGGUCCUUUUAAUGUGUUGCGCAAAGUGUCAGAUUUGAACCGUUCAACCUUGAUAUUAGACAUAUUAGUGGCAAGGAUAAUAUCAUUGCUGACGCUCUGUCCCGUGCUCCUGUAACCUAGUUGGUAUGUUCUUUCUGUUGACCCCUACGGGUUGUCUGCGCCUCGUUUCUCUUAAUUUACUCCCUAGGUACCAGGGCUGCAGAGUUUGAGGUAUGGACAGUCAGGCGGGGGACACAGGGUGACUGUUAGGAGCCAGGACGGGUAUUCUUUUUGUUGUAUUUUGAGGGAACUGUUUGGAUUGUUUUCAAUGUGGGCCAAAUUUUGGGGCUGAGGGUUGGACCCUCAUCUUAAGGAGGGGGGUGUCACGGCUCCUCCUCGGCCUUGCAGGGGCGGUUCCUCCUGCAGGCAGAGGAGGGUCUGUAGCGAUUGGAGCCAC